AUCACAGGAUAACCAGUGCUACUUCUUCUUCUUCUUCUUCGCCUCUUGAAUUUCUAUCCAAAUCACACAACCAUCACCUUUCUCUGCCAUCUCUCCAGCUGACAAAGAUGGCUGACCGGAAAGCUGAAACUAAUGCCAUUUCCGGCCAACCCCAGAAAACUCUUGCCGAUUUUGACCCUCCAAAGAAGCCCAAAAGAAACGUAUAUGCUCUUGCUUGUGCAAUUUUGGCCUCCACCACUUCCGUCUUGCUGGGCUAUGAUAUUGGAGUAAUGAGUGGAGCAGUAAUCUACAUCAAGGAUGACCUGAAAAUCAGCGACGUACAGGUUGAGAUCCUCGCCGGAAUCCUCAACCUUUACUGCCUCAUAGGCUCCUGCGCCGCCGGAAGAACCUCCGACUGGAUAGGCCGCCGCUACACCAUCGUGGUAUCCCAAGUCAUCUUCUUCGCCGGAGCUAUCCUCAUGGGCUUCGCCACCAACUACUCAUUCCUUAUGGCCGGCCGCUUCGUCGCCGGCGUCGGCGUCGGGUACGCCCUCAUGAUCGCUCCGGUCUACACCGCCGAGGUCUCUCCAGCCUCCACUCGUGGCUUCCUUAGCUCAUUCCCCGAGGUCUUCAUCAAUGCUGGAAUAUUGAUAGGGUACGUUUCCAACUAUGGUUUCUCUAAGCUCCCAUUACACUUGGGUUGGCGGUUCAUGUUGGGAUUGGGUGCCAUCCCCUCGGUUGUACUAGGCACCGUCGUUUUAGUCAUGCCCGAGUCACCUCGCUGGCUGGUCAUGCAGGGUCGACUCGGAGACGCAAAGAAAAUCCUUGACAAAACUUCCGACUCCAAAGAGGAGGCCCAAACAAGACUCGCUGACAUCAAACAGGCAGCUGGAAUUCCUGAGAGCUGCACCGACGACGUCGUUCCGGUGCCCAAACGAAGCCAUGGUGAGGACGUAUGGAAAGAUCUCUUUGUCCAUCCUACACCGGCCGUUCGCCAUGUGUUACUUGCGGCCGUUGGUAUCCAUUUCUUCCAACAAUCGUCGGGUAUAGACUCGGUCGUUUUGUACAGUCCCAGAAUCUUUGAGAAAGCUGGGAUCACAUCGCCCGAUCAAAAGCUACUCGCCACAGUAGCUGUUGGAUUCACUAAAACCGUCUUCAUCUUGGUUGCCACGUUUUUGCUUGACAAGACUGGACGGCGACCAUUGCUUCUAAGCAGCGUGGCGGGAAUGAUCUUCUCCCUCGCAACCCUCGGAGUCGGCCUAACUAUCAUCGAUCAUACAGAUCAUAAGAUGAUGUGGGCCGUCGUUUUGUGCAUGGGCAUGGUGUUAUCAUACGUGGCAUUCUUCUCAAUCGGGAUGGGUCCGAUCACGUGGGUCUAUAGCUCGGAGAUCUUCCCGUUGAAGCUACGUGCCCAGGGCGCCAGUAUCGGAGUGGCGGUGAAUAGGGUCACGAGUGGGGUGAUUUCCAUGACUUUUAUCUCACUAUACAAGGGCAUCACCAUCGGUGGGGCCUUCUUUCUUUAUGCUGGGAUUGCCACGGUGUCGUUUGUGUUCUUUUACUUUAUGUUGCCGGAAACACAAGGUCGAACCCUCGAGGAUAUGGAGGGGUUGUUUGGUAAUUUCAAGUGGAAGUUUGAUAAUAGCACGAAGAACAUCAACAAGAAUAGGGAAGAUGGUAAGGGUCAGAUUCAGUUAGGGACAAACGGGCAAACUUAGGAUUUAGGCAAAAGGUAUUAGAUUUAGAUCCCAUGCAAUAAAUUCUCCUAUUAUGUGAGCGCUUGUCUGAAGUCUAUCUCUUGGCAACUUUAUUGUAUGGGGAUAUAUCUAAGUCUAGAGCUACAAGUCAAAUAUAUUUGCUUCGAAACUUUAGAGUAGUUUUUGUUUUUUUUUUUAAACAAUGAUGUAAAAAGGUGAGAGGGCUGGCAAGCUUCACUGCAAUGGCCAAUAACAGUAGUUAUGAAUGAAAAGGGUGUAAUGUACUAUAGUACUGUUAUUGUU